AUGGAGCUCAGUUCAAGAUAUCAGCUUUUCCAGAACUUCCAACCAACACCAAACCCUCACGAGCAAGCCAUUAGAAGGAGGAGCAGUAUUGAAGAUCUUAACCGCAGGACAGAGCAACUCUCUCUACAGAGAAACCAGUCGUAUACCAGCUCCUUCAGAUCAAGACAAGGAGACGUGUAUCCUUUAGCCCCCCAGCCUAAAGAACCAACAUUAACGACUAACGUGACUGUACCAUUCUACCAGCCUCAAAAGAUGUACCAGCGCGCCCCACCAUCUACCUUACCAUCUACUCUACCCUCUACCCUACCGCCACCCCCGCAAGGGUAUGGGUACCCCAGCCCACCUUCUCAGUACGCUACACAUCAGUACGGCACCAUGCCUGGAGGUGCCGGACAUCAGUACGACACCAUGCCCGGCUACUCCAGCCCACCCCUCAACCAAGUGUACCCGGUUAACUCUGCCCCGCCGCCCUUACCUCGGCGACACAACUCUGAUAAAGUAGCCAAACACCACACCGUGGUGUAA